AUGCUAUUACAGGGGGCGCAAUCUCACGCUAAUCUGCCUCCACACGCACAUGCGUCCUCCAGCAGCAACAUGCGACCUGGACAGGGGCGCAAAAGGAAGGCAGAAACCCAAGACAACGAACGACUUUCGAAACGCCUUUCACUCCUCAACUUAGAACAAAAUGGCCAAAAGCUCUACAUACCCGUCGAAAGUCCCACCCCACCGUCACCAGCCCCGGGUCAAUGGCCCCCUCCCCAGGCUGCCGCCCUGAAUCCACCACCACCCCAAACCGUAGCCCAAGACGACGGCGACGCCAUGCGCGUCGAUGACAUGAAACACAAAGUCUACAUCUACUCCCUCGACGACGAGCUUUCCGCCUCCGACUCGGAACCCGACGAAGCCCGCCUCGUCUUCCUCCCGGACAUCGAUCGACACCUCCGCUCCCGCCGCAUUGGCUUCAGCUCACCCGCUGCCCCGUCGAUACCCCGCCCCGUCCCUCCCGCCCCGGACGGCGAUUUCUCAGACAUGCAGCUCGUCCUGUAUCGCGAUCCGACGUCUCUCUCUGUUCCCGCCGAGCAGGACGGCGUGCGCAGGGCCAUCUUGGAGUCCCGCGCCCGCGCCCGCGCCCGCGAGCAACAACGCCGCGAGAGGGAUGGAAUGGCUGGCUUCGUCGAGAUGCCGCCCCCGACCGAUGCGCAGGUCGCUGGCUCAUCGGAUUCCAUGGACGUGGAUAUGGAUAUUGAUUAAUCAAUUUACAACUCGGAUGUGCGAAACGACCCGUGGCGUGACUAUUCACAUGCCUCGGGUCGCAUUCUCCAACAUCACAUCUACAGGUGCCCGUCUAUUCUCUUUUUUUUUUUUUUUUUUUUUUUUUUU